AUGUUGGCUUACUUUGCCAUAAGGCAAAGUGAUGGGCGUGAUGUCGGAAUUGUUCUUCUGAGCAUAUGCAGCGGCCAAAAUCCAGACUACAAUAAGAAGCUCGAGGAUGCGCUUCUCAAGGAUUACAACAGCCGACAUCGACCAGUGAAAUCAGAAUCGACUACCGUACAAGUCAGUGUAUACAUGGGUAUAAGCCAUGUAGAGAAAGUGGAUGAGCACGAGCAAACAAUGCUGGUGCAUGGCCACUUAUGGGCAACAUGGAUUGAUGAAUAUCUUGUUUGGACUCCGAAGGAUUACAACGACACAACAAAAAUCAACAUUGACUCGUGGAGAAUAUGGCAACCGGCGCUGGCUCUUUAUAACAGCGCAAAAGGGAAUUCCUGGCAUCUAUACAUGCAUGGCUUACCGGCGAUGAUCAGCAGUAAUGGAAGAGUUUGGGCCAGUGGCUCGUUCUCUUUCCAUGUCACUUGCCGCUUCGAUUUCACUGCUUGGCCAUACGAUGAACAGGAAUGUCCGAUCGUCAUCGCUGAUUGGGUUUACGAUCUGUCUCGAGUGAAUCUAUCGGAUCCUCAAGGCAGCACUCCAUUCAACAAGCCGACAAUUCGUCUCAACUACGAUCCAACUGGACAAAACGAGAAAAAGCACGUUGCAGGUGGGCCUGCUAUCGCUUUUUAUUACAUUAGUUAA